AUGUUUAGCUACUCUUCACCAAAUUUGCCAGAAUCUCUCCAUAAUUCACAUUUUUUAUUACUAACUCUAACUGCUCCGCCAUCAAAUCUGAACCCUGAAUACUUUAGCUCUUUGAUGAAUCAGUAUGGACCAGUCCUACAAGUUAAAAUUUUGAAUCGGUCAUUAAUGGAAUGUAAAGUUUUAGUUGAGAUGGCUAAUACAGAUGCAGCUAAAAAUGCAAAAAAGGCUUUAGAUCAGCUAUCAUCCAAUUUUAUAAAGUGCUCCUACUAUUAAGAAGACAAAUUACAUGGUUCGUUUACUGUUGGAUCCUUUGAGACUAUUGAGGAUACGACAUCCAGCACGUUCAAAAAUAGGCAUUCCACUUCAUUGAAUGAAAUCAUAAAUGAUGCUGAUUCAAAACCUUAAAGCGCAACUGUACUGCCAAUUAGCUAAAAACUUAUUCCCUCUUCAAAAAACAUUUAAUCAACAAAAACAGUCUGUUUGAAUGGCAUCCAAGGCAAAGACUUAGAUGCACUAAAAAUUUACAAUAUCUUUAGCAAUUUUGGUAACAUUGAUAAAAUUAUUUUAAUUAAUCUGAAGAAUUUCGCUUUGGUGAAAUAUUUAAAAGAAGAUUAGGCUUAUUUCGUUUAUUAACACUGCCAAAAUAUCCAGUUUUUCGAAAGCAACUUAUAAAUCACAUUCGCAGCUGAUGAUUCUAUUGAGAAACUAGUCGGUCUAGACACUCUUUAUAGAGAGCAAGAUUAUUACAUAGGCUCUGAAGAUACAGAUAGAUUUAAUGCAAAUAAUAAAAUGAUAUUAUUACCUCCAAGUUAAGUUCUUCAUAUCUCAAAUCUUAAAAAGGUGUCCUCCAAUGCAGAAACAAUGUGGGACAUCUUCUCUGAAUACGGCGUAGUGGAAGCUGUCAAAGUGUUGAAUUCAUAGUUUAAAUUUAUGUGUUUAGUCAAGAUGGAAAGCUUGAAAUAGGCAUUAGAAAUUAUGGCUUUAAUGCACAAUGAAGAAGUUGAUGGAAGAAAUAUUCAGAUCUCAUUUACGAAAGCAAAGAUAUGA